AUGUACUCGGGAAACCGUAGCGGCGGCCAGGGCCACUGGGAGGGCGGCGGGGCCGCGGGCGCCGAGGGGCCGGGACCGGCGGGGACACUCAGCCCCGCGCCUCUCUUCAGUCCGGGCGCGUACGAGCGCCUGGCGCUGCUGCUCGGCUCCAUCGGGCUGCUGGGCGUCGGCAACAACCUGCUGGUGCUCGUCCUCUACUACAAGUUCCAGCGGCUCCGCACUCCCACCCACCUCUUGCUGGUCAACAUCAGCCUCAGCGACCUGCUGGUUUCCCUCUUCGGGGUCACCUUUACCUUCGUGUCCUGCCUGAGGAACGGCUGGGUCUGGGACACCGUGGGCUGCGUGUGGGACGGGUUUAGCAGCAGCCUCUUCGGGAUUGUUUCCAUUACUACCCUAACUGUGCUGGCCUAUGAACGUUACAUUCGUGUGGUCCAUGCCAGAGUGAUCAAUUUUUCCUGGGCCUGGAGGGCCAUUACCUACAUCUGGCUGUACUCACUGGCAUGGUCAGGAGCACCUCUGCUGGGUUGGAACAGGUACAUCCUGGACGUACAUGGACUAGGAUGCUCUGUGGACUGGAAAUCCAAGGACGCCAACAACUCCUCCUUUGUGCUUUUCUUAUUUCUUGGCUGUCUGGUGGUGCCUCUGGGCGUCAUAGCCCAUUGCUAUGGCCAUAUUCUGUAUUCCAUUCGAAUGCUUCGUUGUGUUGAAGAUCUUCAGACAAUUCAAGUGAUUAAGAUUUUAAGAUAUGAAAAGAAAGUGGCAAAAAUGUGCUUUUUAAUGAUAUUUAUCUUCCUUAUCUUUUGGAUGCCUUAUAUCGUGAUCUGUUUCUUGGUGGUUAAUGGUUAUGGACACCUGGUCACUCCAACAGUAUCUAUUGUUUCAUAUCUCUUUGCUAAAUCAAGCACUGUAUAUAAUCCGAUUAUUUAUAUCAUCAUGAUCAGAAAGUUCCGAAGAUCUCUUUUGCAACUGCUAUGUUUCCGACUGCUGAGAUGUCAGAGGCCUGCUAAGGACCUACCAGCCAAUGGGAGUGAAAUGCAGAUCAGACCCAUUGUGAUGUCACAAAAAGAUGGCGACAGACCAAAGAAAAAAGUGACUUUUAAUUCUUCUUCCAUUAUUUUUAUCAUCACCAGUGAUGAAUCACUAUCAGUCGAUGACAGUGACAAAACCAGUGUGCCAAAGGUUGAUGUAAUCCAAGUUCGUCCUUUAUAGGAAGGAAUAAUGGUAAUGAAAGAUGAGGCCUCCUACUGGAAACCACUUCUAGACUUCCAUUUUAAGGACUGUUUGGAAUCCCCAUUCUAUGUAAUAUUUUGGGGGAGGAAAAA